AGGCUCCUGGCUGUGGGCCACCAGGCUUCCAGGCAAGGUCUGAGCAUUUUGGCCUACUGAGGGUUCAAGUCUGGCUCCCUUUCGAACAAGGCCUCCUGCCACCUCAGCUUGAUGUGAACACUGAGCACAAGCUGCUGGCUGUAGCCCAGGGUUUCGGGGAGUCCCAGGGCUGGGAAGUGUGGAGGCCUGACUUGUGGUAAGAAAAGUGGGGGGAGAGGGCCCAAAGGGAGCCUCAGGCCUGCUGGGGCCAGCGCGCUGGGGAGGAGUCCGCCCUGAAGCUGGGGGAGCAGUCGUGAUACCACUGCACACAGCCUGCUGGACGUGCAGGGUUUGCGGGUGUUCAUGGCGGGCUGGGCCAUGCACUGGACAUAAGCCCGGCCUGCUUGUUUUGACAACCUACUUCAUCCUUGAGGAUUGAAGGGGAAUUGGGCAAGGGGGGGUCGGUGGGACCUUGGCCAGACUUGGAGGGAAAAGCCAGGAUUGAAGGGAGGGGAGCCAGCUAGGCCGGAGGUCCCUGCAGGAAUGUUUGAGGGUGAGCUGAGGGAAAAUGUGAGCCUAGUCCGUUCCCCGUUUCUAUUGGGUGGGCGAUUGGCCCCCGGGGUAGGGGAGGUGGGAGGACCACUGGGCUAGGGUACGUGUUCUCUAGUGGGACAGGGGCAGCGGCUGUUGGGGUUACUCUGUGCACUCUUGAGCACCGGUGGGUGUUGUGUGUGUGCCAGUAGAAGGCUCUGGUUUGAAGGGUGUGGUGUAUGUGUUAAGAGUAGGGCUGUGUGUAUUGGAGUGUUUAUGAUUUGUGACCGUACUGAGCACUGUAACUGUUGAAGAAACCGGGUGCAAUGACUGUGUGCCAGGGUGUUUGUGGGUGUAACUGGCAGUGUCUGCAUGGAGUGGGGCUGUGACUGCAGAACUGUGAACGUGUGUGUCUGGCUGUUCUGGUUUCUAGGGCAGGGGUAGGAGGUAACAGGCAAAGAUCUCGGGGUGUCCAGGGACUCCUUGUACUGGACUGUUAGGAGGUAUCUGGGUGAUAUGGAUGUGGGUAAGGGGUUGUAUCAGCGAUAAGGAUCUCAGGGGGCUGCAUUUCAGGGUGUUGAGAAGGGUGGCCAGUGUGAGUUGGUAACUAUGGGGAUGUCUCUGGUGCUGGGGGUGCAAAUAUCUCUCAGUUCAGGGGUGUGACGAUGGCUGAUCCCAAGGCUCUGAAGAAUGUGACUGGCUGGGGACAAGCUGAGAUGGUGGCUGGUCUCAGCGUGUUAGGGGAUAUACUAGUGUGUCUUUAGAUGUGAGACUGUGUGUGUGCCCCUUCUCAGAGCAGGAGGUGAGGCUGCAGCUGUAUGUCCACAGGUGUGUCCCAGGUGUCGCUCACCACAUCCUGAAGUGGGACCUAGGAGAGUCUCCCCCAUCUCUGGGCCUCCUCCUCCUUCCCUCCAUGGGUAUGACUCUCCACUGCCCUGGCCUGGGCCUUAAGCCCCUGUGUAAAUAGUGGGCGGAUCUUGUGGCCUGCUGGGUCUGACCCAAGCUAGUCCACCAAGGCCACUGCUCAUCACCACCCACCCAACAUGCAUGAAGGCUCUGGCAGGGUAAAAGCGUCCUACUGCCUCCACCAGGGUUAGCCUCUCAACCUCGCAGCCCCGUGGGUGCAGCGGCACCCCCUGCAGCCACCCCAGCCCGCCCCUGGUGACGCUCACAUUUUCCAGUGUUUAGAUUUUAUCCACUUUAUUAAUGAGGCAGGCGAAAGGCCUGAGCCUGGGGGGAAGGGGGGUGCUCCUGCCCGACUGGCCAGGCGGAGGGGAUCACAGGGGGCCAGGACAACGCUCUGGGAGCACCUCCUUAUAGGGGAGCUGGGGCCCAGAGUGGUCUCCACCCAUUGCCAGGAGCACCGAGAUGGGGUCUCUACAACCCUAGGACCCCAGCAGGCUGGUGCUGGGUGGAACAGCCCCCUGGAGGCCUGAGUGGGCAGCGGGGGGGACAGGGGGGAGGCAGGGAGCUGAGGAGCCGCCCCUGUAGAAAGGGAGGGAGGAAGCGGCCUGCCAGAGAGCUCGGGCGCAGCAGGAGGUGCAGCAGGCAGCAAGGAGCAGGCGAUGGGGACCCGGCGUCCCAGGCACCACCAGGUAAGGAGGCUGGGGUGCAAGGAUCUCAGGUGGGGCUGGAGGGCAGGAAGGGCGGGGCCAUGGUUCCCUCUGCCUGUCCCAACCUGUGCUCCUUGACUCUCAGCCGCAUCUGUCCCUACCGCUCUUCCCAUCUGUCCAUUCUCCCUUCCCGUCUGACCCAGGGGGCAGUUCUGUCCUCUCGGCCCUCACCACCGGGUAUCAAGGAGUGGGUGGUCCUGGGUCAGCCUGGAGGCCUCUUGGGCAGGAACAUGGAUCUGGCAAGAGUGGAACCCUGGGCAUCCAGGGUGAGGCAGCUGUGGUCAGGGGUAGAGCCUUAGUGAGAGACAGCAGUGGAGCUCAGAGAUGGGCAUGUGAGGGACAGAAGUGGGUCUGUGGGGACUGUAGUGGGACCAUGUGGAUAGAGACAGUGCAUUGGGGAGAGAGGGGUCCACAGUGGCAGAAGUGGAGCUGUGGGCAUCGCACAUGGGACUGGAGUAGAGGUGACAUGACUGUCCAAGAUGGGGCAGUGGGGCCUUGGGAUCAGAAAUGGGACCAAGGACCAGGAAUUUAAUGUGGUGUAAAUGGGAGGUGGGUCUGUGAGGCCCAGAGGCUGUGACAGACAGGAGGGCUAGAGCCAGGGGAGCCACAGGGAGGCUGGGAGCAAGAGCUGGGAUGGUGAGAAACCAGAAAGGAGUAAGGACCUGGGCAGCAAGGGUCAUAGGAGUUGCCACAGGCCCACAUGGGCUCUAAUGCUCUGAGAAGGGACCAUAAGCAGGUCCCAGCCCAACAGUGGGUUCUGUGCCCUGAGCCAGUCUCAACUUUCCCUUCUCUUCUCCCCAGCCCCACCCCAGUACCUGACAUGAACCCUUACGAGCCCCUCAACCUGAGCCUAGCGGACGAGGCGACCACAUGUACAGCGCUUGGGGCCCCCAACGCGUCCGCUGGGCCGCCGUCCGGCCUCGGGGGCGCCUCGCCGGCGCUGCCCAUCUUCUCCAUGACACUGGGCGCUGUGUCCAACGUGCUCGCGCUGGCACUGCUGGCUCAGGCUUCGAGCCGACUGCGCCGCCGCCGCUCGGCCGCUAUCUUCCUGCUCUUCGUAGCCAGCCUGCUGGCCACUGACCUUGCAGGCCACGUAAUUCCAGGUGCACUGGUGCUGCGCCUGUAUACAGCUGGACGCUCACCGGCCGGAGGCGCCUGCCACUUCCUGGGCGGCUGCAUGGUCUUCUUUGGCCUGUGCCCACUGCUACUGGGCUGCGGUAUGGCAGUGGAGCGCUGCGUGGGGGUCACGCGGCCUCUGCUGCACGCGGCACGCGUCUCGGUGGCCCGUGCGCGCAUUGCGCUGGCCAUACUGGCCGCGGUGGCCUUGGCCGUGGCACUGCUGCCGGUGGUGCAAGUGGGUCACUACGAGCUGCAGUACCCCGGCACAUGGUGCUUCAUCGGCCUGGGCCCAGCAGGUGGCUGGCGCCAGGCACUGCUCGCCAGCCUCUUCGCCGGCCUCGGCCUGGCCGCGCUGCUCGCGGCGCUCGUGUGCAACACGCUCAGCGGCCUGGCCUUGCUGCGCGCCCGCUGGCGCCGCCGCUGCUCUCGACGGCAACUCCCGACCUCAGGCUCCAACAGCCACAGGCGCUGGGGCGCACGCAGACUCCGCUCGGCCUCCGCCUCCUCCGUAGCUUCGGUCUCUGCUGCCCCCGACAUCCUAGGCCGUGACUCAGCGCGUAGAGCCCGCGCCCACGACGUGGAGAUGGUGGGCCAGCUCGUGGGCAUCAUGGUGGUGUCAUGCAUCUGCUGGAGCCCACUGCUGGUGUUGGUGGUGUUGGCUGUCGGGGGCUGGGGCUCCAGCUCCUUGCAGCGGCCGCUGUUUUUGGCAGUGCGCCUCGCUUCGUGGAACCAGAUCCUGGACCCUUGGGUGUAUAUCCUGCUGCGCCAGGCCGUGCUGCGCCAACUGCUUCGCCUCCUACCCCCGAGGUCCAGUGCCAAGGGCAGCCCCGCAGGGCUGGGCCUAACCAGAAGUGCCUGGGAAGCCAGCUCACUGCGAAGCUCCCAGCAUAGUGGCCUCAGUCACUUCUAAACACACCUGGAGGCCCAGCAGCUAAGGUAGACCACUCUGGCCCAGGCAAGGUCCGCAGCGCAAUGCCUUCCAGAAAUAAAGCCAUAUUGCAGACCAGCCCAGGGCGACGUGUCCGGUUGGGGCUGCAACACGCAUGUGACUGCGGGGGGGGGGGGCGGCGGGACAGUGGCUGGCAGAGGCACAGGGUGCUCCUCUGGGGGUACAGUUCCGGGAUUUGCCACACGGGGACCCAGAGACGUCCCACACGGAGCCAGAGACUCAGGACCCUGUGCAAAAUGAGGGACCGCAGCACCAGGAUCCGGGCUCCACCGGGAGCGCAGCGAUAGUUGUAGAGUGCUUCUUGCCCCUGCCGCUGCCAGGACUGGCUCCCGCAGCCAUUUGCCUAUUGUGGCUCUGAGCUCCCCAACACAGCCCCAAAGCCGUACCGCCAACCAACCACGCCCUGUCACUGCCUCUAAUUCUAGAUGUCCCUCAACACAGCUCCGAAUCGCCUCCCUUCUUGGCCUGUCCGUGCUCCCCGCCAUAGUGACA